AUAAGAAAAAAUAAUUUCUACGGAUCGAUACAUGUUUUGUGAAAAUUUUUAUGCAAAAUAUUUUCCUUUUCUCGAACGAACGAUUCCAGUUCCAGAAAAAUCGAUAGUAAAAAAUAUGCUAAAAUUGCAACAGCCAGUCCAACAAUUUCACUUAAAGAAACGAAAAUUUGUGUAAAGUACGUAGAAAAUAUAUUUGAGUCAAAAAUUACAUAACCUUCGAAAAAUUCUUGAAUAUUGUACUAAAAACAAAAAAAUUUCUUUUGUGAAAUUCUGGCAUGAAGAUCUUGUGCAAUAUUAAAGGCCGCAAUAAAUAGCAAGGAAAACGGGAGGAAAUUUGCUUGGCCUUAAAUAAAAAUUUGAUGAACUUGAACAAAAAAAAAAACGCACACACACAGAAGGUAAUAGGUAAACAGUGAUUUUUAUCUUGCAUUACUACAAACAGUUAAUCACAAUCCCGUGCAGUUCCGUCGCGUAAUUAUUAUAUUCCAGCCCAGAUAUAAAAAAAAAACCUACCAUCCAUCAAAAUACCGUACGAUCGUAUUAUUAUUUUCAUAUUAAUUAAUGCGUAUUUACCUCACGUUGUUUUGUUUUGAGGUGCUAUCACCAAAUUCAAUACACAAAUAGAGGAGAUUGAAAAAAAAAAACAACGACUAUAUAAAUAAUAAUAACAAACAUCGACAAUUACACAUUAACAAAACUAUCGCAAUAAUUGUUUCUUUUUUUUGCUCUUAUUGCAGAGCAAAGAGAAGAAAAAUAAAAAAAUAAAAAAUAACUUCACUAGCACACAUCAAAGUGUACUGUAUUAUUAUUUAUCACUUUUUGUGCUUGUUUGUUAUAUGUGUAUGUUUGUAAUUUUCUAUGAUCUUAUUUCAACAAACAAAACACACACAUCAAAUAAUAAAUACACUUAACCCGUCGCGAAACAUUUUGCCGGUGUCUCGCUCUAUCCCGACAUUUAUGUUUUUAUUAUUUCUUUCACUGACGUAAGUGUAUGUAUGUCGUGUAUGCCUAUAUACGUUUCCGUGCACAAUACAACAAUUUUUACAUAUGCAUUUUGCUUGAAAAGCCGGGUUUGACACCAAAUACCAUUUAAUAUAAAAUAAAUACAACGAUUAGUUGCUUUCUAUUGUAAAAGGAAUAAAAAUAACGAUCGAUUCCAACAAAAAAAUAUUUGGUGUUUACAUUCUUGAGAACUGAUUAUGUCUCAAAGUCAACGGGACACUUUAAUUCAUUUAGUUGCUGGCGGAACUGCUGGUACUGUAGGAGCUGUUGUAACAUGCCCUCUAGAAGUGGUUAAAACCCGAUUACAAAGUUCAACAGCCUUUUUGACACCGCCACGAGCUGUAGAACCACCCGGCUCAACAAAUGCAUCGUCCGAACUACUACGGCCCGAACAGAGACGUAAGCUUAGUACAACCAUAUUACGCAACAGAUCGCAGCCACAGAUAAUGGCUAUUUCACACUGUGGCAUCUCAUCAACUUCCACAAAAUCCAUGAGUAUCAUCCAAUGUCUCAGGCAUAUAGUACAAAACGAAGGCCCACGUGCUUUAUUCAAAGGUCUUGGACCAAAUUUGGUCGGCGUAGCACCGUCACGUGCAAUAUACUUUUGCACAUACUCGCAAACCAAAAAUACCCUCAAUAAUUUAGGCUUUAUACAGCCUGAUUCACCGCAAGUACACAUAAUGAGCGCAGCUAGUGCUGGUUUUGUCUCCUCCUCCGUAACAAAUCCAAUUUGGUUUGUUAAAACACGUUUGCAAUUGGACUAUAAUUCCAAAGUGCAAAUGACCGUAAAAGAGUGCAUCGAACGUGUUUAUGCGCAAGGUGGUAUUAGUGCCUUUUACAAAGGCAUCACCGCCAGUUAUUUCGGCAUCUGUGAAACUGUUGUGCACUUUGUGAUUUACGAGUUCAUCAAAUCGAAGUUGGUUAGUAAUAAAAAAGAGAAAGCAUGCAAUGCUUUUAAUAACUAUACUCUAUUAAUU